AUGGCGGAGGCGGUAAACUUUUUGAUAGAAAACGAAGUCAGCGAGGCACAGUUCUACGAGAGGGCAGCCGUUUUUACGACGCAUGAGAUCCAAGAUAUAUUCAAAAGGCGCUCGCGUUUUGAAUACUUGCUGAGACGCCGUCGGGUUGAUGCAUCGUGCUACACCAACUAUAUUAAAUUCGAGCAGAACCUGAUAGAACUUCUCAGAAUUCGCGAGGCACAUCGAGGCCACGGUAGUGCACUCGUGCACGCUGUAUGUCACAGUUUUAUUAGUAAGGUUGUCGUCCUUUACCGGAGAGCUCUUCGAGAAACCAAAGGGAACGUGGGCCUUUGGCUGAGGUUUGCCACAUUCUGUUAUCAACACGGCAAUCGGCGUUUACUAUCGAGAGUCAUCACCCAAGCACUGCAGAUGAAUCCGUCCUGCGCAGGCCUUUGGGCUUUUGCUGCUUUCUGGGAAUACACAAGUCAGGGUGAUGUGUCCGCAGCACGGCGUUUCUUUCUACGCGGUCUGCGAAACUGCUCGCACGGCAAAGUUCUUUGGCACGAAUACUUUCGCUUGGAAGUGUCUCAUGCCAUGAGUUUAGCCGCCAGGUGCAAACUUCUCGGCCUUACAAUUCUUGAUCUACCGCGUGCAGAACAGGCCAACGGGGCAGCUGAGAGGGUAUUAAAUGUUGCAAGUCUGAGACAUCCAGAUGAUGUUGUAUUCCAGCUUUAUUUUGUCGCUAUAGCUCUCGGGAUGUCGGAAUCAACAAGCAACGUCGUAAAUCGCGUCGAGGAGAUCAUCGCUUCGCGCAUCCCUGAUACGGGAAAAUGGCGCACCUUUCAUCGCGAGAAGUGCCUUUCCAGGGUGAACAUGAACGCCAGCUUCUGA